AUGGCUCUGCUACACAAGGACGCAGAGCUGGAAGAUGCCAUCCAAGGUUUGGAUCUGUACGCCUGCCGGCAGUAUCUCAAGCAGCUUCAAGUCGAGAGGUCCCUUCGUCAAGAGCACGUGGAGCGUUUGGAGGAGAAGCUGAAGACCACCAACCAAGAGCUCUGCAGCCGGCAAGUCGAAGCGGAGAAGCGAAAGCUGGAGUUCUUUGCAGAGCAGGAGAUCAACCGACGCCGCGCCGACAGGUCCUCCAAGAAGGGAGUUCUGAGCCUCCAUGGCGAUCCACACGACGAUGGGGCCCAGGUGAUAGAGCAGUGGCAAGCCAGCGCCCGCAACUUGAUAGAGAGGGAGCUGCAGAUGGAGAUGUCCAACCAGCAGCGCAUCGAGCGCACGCCGUUUGGCUUUAAGGAGUACGAGGGUUCGCGCCUGAUGGUCUUCAAGCCAGAGGCAAUCAUUGAGCAGGAACGUGGCCUCCGAGAAACGGUGCUCGUCACCUAUGCGGUACCCCAUGCCGAGAAGCAGUACCACCAGACUUAUCGUGCGGCGGCUGAGGAAACUGAUGAUGCGCUGAUCGAGCCAGAUCGGGACAAGCCUAGCUUUGGGAACUUUCAUCGGCCCGUGCGGACGGGAAAGACCAUUACCCUGGAUGUGGAGGCCUCAGACACCAUCGACAAUGUCAAGGCAAAGAUCCAGGACAAGGAAGGUAUCCCUCCGGACCAGCAGCGCCUGAUCUUUGCUGGAAAGCAGCUGGAGGAUGGCCGCACUCUGUCCGACUACAACAUCCAGAAGGAGUCUACCCUUCACUUGGUCUUGCGCCUCCGCGGUGGACACUGCCAGGUCCCUUGCGGCAUCUUCGACGACCCCAAGCUUGUGGCAGAUGUGAACGAGGCGGUGGCUACUAUCAAGAAGGCCAUGGUGCAGAUCGGUGAGCUCUCGGCCUCGAUGACUCCGCUCAACAUCAAUCAGAUGACGCGCUGGGUCAACACCAAGGAGGAGCAUGCUGGCAAGAUCGUCACCUUGAUGUCAGAGUACUGCCUCUGCCAGCGCAUCAAGCCUGUGAGCGACCCGAAGACCCCUUUCUCCAGCGAGGCUGACUACAUUGCGGCACUCCAGGCUCACCACCAGGUGAUGCUCGCGGCUGUGAAGUGCAAGCAGAACGUGGAUCCGGCACUUGCUGACACUCUGGCCGGGGCAGUGGCUGAGAUGAGCAAGAUGUACCUCAAGUGA